CCAUAUAACUAAGUGGGUGGGAAACACGGUCGAGUCCGCGAGUCAUGCAUGCAUGGCAUGGCCACGGCGGCGGCGCUGCAGCUGCUGUGCCGGCCGUCGCUGAGCACCGCGCAGCUCCGGCAGCUGCACGCGCACCUACUCACGUCCUCGCUCCUCGCCGACCGCUUCCUCCCUAACAUCCUCCUCCGCUCGCUGCUCCCGACCUCCCCACUCCGCGCCCUCCGCCUCUUCCCCCGCCUCCGACGCAUCCUCCCCGACUUCCGCCCCAACAACUACACCUUCUCCUUCCUCCUCACCGCCGCAUCUUCCUUACUACCUCCAAGCACACCUCAAGAAUCCCAGAGGCACGCGCAGCGCCUCGUCUCCUCGCUGCACGCCCUCGCCGUCCUCCUCGCCUACGACGCCCACACCUACGUCUCCAACGGCCUCAUCCACGCCUACGCCUCCCACGGCCUCCUCCGCUCCGCCCGCCGCCUGUUCGACGAGAGCCUCUCCUCCUGCAGAACGGACGUCUGCUCCUGGACAUCACUCCUCACCGGCUACGCCAAGGCCGGCCGAGUGGACGAGGCGCGCGCCCUGUUCGACGCAAUGCCCCGCAGGAACGACGUCUCCUGGAGCGCCAUGCUCAGCGCCUACGUCGAUGCGGGCAGCUUCACCGACGCCGUGCAGCUGUUCGAGGACAUGCUGAGGUCCGGCGUGAGGCCGAACAGGGCGGCGGUUGUUGGGGUGCUGGCCGCCUGCGGUGCGCUUGGGGCGCUCGAGCAGGGAAGGUGGGUGCACGCCUCUGUCGCUGGUGGCAGAGGCCGGGGUGGUCAUGACAUGGACGGCGUGGUGGCCACGGCGCUCGUCGACAUGUACGCCAAGUGUGGGAACCUGGACACGGCGAGGCAGGUGUUCGUGGCCGCCACAGCGGAGCAGCGCGACGUGUUUGCGUACACGGCCAUGAUCUCGGGGCUCUCGGACCACGGCCGCUGCCGGGAGGCCAUCGACCUGUUGGGGCAGAUGCAGGCGGAAGGGGUGCGGCCGAACGAGGUCACCUUCAUCUGCGUGCUCACCGCCUGCGGCCGCGCGGGGCUUGUGGAGCGCGCCAAGGAGAUAUUCUGCAGCAUGGCCGCGGUGUACGGCAUCGAGCCCGGCGUGGAGCACUACGGGUGCCUGGUGGACGUCCUCAGCCGCGCUGGGCGGCUCGCGGAGGCCCUGGACGUGGUGCGGGCGAUGCGAAUGAGGCCCGAUUCGUACGUGCUAGGCGCACUGCUGAACGCGUGCACGGCACACGGCGACGUCGAGCUCGGCAAGCGUGUGGUGGAGUGGCUGGCAGAGCUGGGGCUGGACCACAGCGGUGUCCACGUGCAGCUGUCCAACAUGUACGCCGGGUGGAGCAAGUGGGAAGACGUUGUCAAGGUCCGGAGGACCAUGGAGGAGAGGAAGGUGGUAAAGGUGCCCGGGUGCAGCAUGGUGGAGGUGGAUGGGGUCGCAUGCGAGUUUGUGGCCGGCGACCGGUCGCAUCCGGAGGUGAUGGCAGCUGCCAGAGACCUCGACGGGCAGCUCAGGCUGUUGGGCCAGGACUGCUACCUCGAGGACGUGGAGUCCAGCGGGCAAUGAAAUGAACCUCGUCGGAGCAGCUUGAAAGCAUGUCAACGUGAUUUUUGAGAUGGAUGAAGGAAAGCAUGCGGUGUUUCUAUAUGGAAAUGUAACUUGGAUUCAUUUUCGGUAAAAUUUGGACCAUCGAAAUGUGCUGUCCGCCUAAUAAAAUUCUUCUCUUUUUGGAACA